UAAGUGCAAUUACGGAAGCUUGGAAAAUUAGGGAGCCAAUUGAUCAUGCUGAAUUAAUUAGUGAUUAAAACAAUGCAUUUUCUACCAGUAAAACUGUUUGCAAUUUCAGGAUGGGGUGAUGGACACAAAGACUGAAGUGGCUAUAUAUAGUGUCAUGUAGUGAAGUGUUAUUCCUGACCUUAUAAGUUUUUGGUAACAGCAGAAAAUAGAAAAAAAAUCUAGUUGAAAUUUACCUGAUAGGUACAUCCAAUAGGGAUAUCAAUCAAAGUUCUUAAAUAUGUAAAAACGCUUAAAAUUCAUAAUUUAUAGACAAUAAUACAGAAUCGACGAAAAAGGCAAAGCAAUGGAUCUUUGUUUAUUUGGCAUCAGUUUGGAAGACAAUCGAAUAUCUCAAAACCUAAAUAGUAAGACAAUAGAAGAUAUCAUCCCUCAAAUAGAAACAACCUCCUUCAAAUGUGAAUUCUGUGGUAAAGUUUUCUCCAACAAGAUUAAUCUCCGUAAGCACAGACAAAUUCACACCAGCGAUCGAUCGCACAAGUGUGAUCUGUGUGGCAAAGGAUUCAUAAAAAAUAGCAUUCUGCAGCAACAUAGGCGAACGCAUACCGGAGAACGACCGCACGUCUGUGAGGUGUGCGGCAAAGCGUUCACCGCAAGCAUGAAUCUGGCUGUACACAGACGAAUACACACCAAUGAUCGGCGGUCUCGGUGUGACAUUUGUGGUAAAGAAUUUUUUAAAGCCAGUCACGUCAAGCGGCACCGAGCCAUUCACACUGGAGUACGUCCGUACAGGUGCGAUAUCUGUGGUGGGCAGUUCAUCGCCAAUGCUGACCUGACACAGCACAAACGGACACACACCCGCGAACGGUCGGAGUUGUGCGAUAUUUGUGGUAAGGAAUUUCUGCGGAGAAGUGACCUAACACACCACCGACGCAUUCACACGGGUGAAAAACCGCACGAGUGUACGCUGUGCGGUGAACAGUUCUAUCGUCAAAGUCAUUUGGUGCGGCACCAGAAGAAACACGACCGGCUGGCAACGAAGCGGUCACUGGAGAAGAUAGCAUUCCCGGAUACUGAGUUUGCUGGCAGUAAACUGAGACUUGGAACGAACACUGACGAGGAAAGUAGUGCAUUUCAACCAUUAGGAUUGAAAAAAGAACUCUACGUUAACAGUGUUGAAGCUGUAUAUGGCAAGACAUGAAUGUACAAUGUGUAAAAAUUGACAAUUGAAGCGAAGAUAUGUUGUAGCAAUACAACCUAUCGAACCAAAGAUAUUCGUGAAAUAACACCGAGAAAUUUCCACGAUCGUCAGAUUGAAACAACUCAUUAUUAGGGAUAUAAAUGGACCACUAGGAAUUUUCCAAAUACUAACCAAUAAAAUGAUUCUAGACAUGCAUUUACUUAUUUUGUGAUGUAGUAAUGACUAAUUGCAGUUGAGAUUUGCAACCCAUGUGUUUUAGUCAAACAUUGUAUUAUUUAUUAUCAAUCGCUUUAGAUAAGCCUUUGUUUUUUAAAGUGAAAACAGGUUUAGCUCUAAUUUAUUUUGAUAGGACAAAUUGACCCAUUGAAACUAUAUCUGGAAUGGUGGUAUUAUCAUGCUACCUCUGAAUGAUCAACUGCUCUGAGUUAAUAUAAUUUGUAUAUAACGUUGGAGUAUUAAAUAAAGAUAAAUCCGUAACACGGUUCCCAAUUCA